AUGUCGGGCCCAUCAGACAAUCUUACGGCCCUUCUUGCCUUGCGCGACUCUCUCAAUGCCUCGAUUGACGCGCUCUCUUCGCUCACGCCGGAGGAGAGAUCCCAGGCUCCAAAAGUCAACCCAGUACGUCAGCAAAUAUGGUCCACUGCUACUCGAAUUGUUAGUGAAACAGCCAACCCGAUGCAAGAAUCAACUCGUAUCGCCUUCAUGCCAUGGCUGAACGCGGUUGUGCGGACCGCCUUGGAGCUAGACCUGUUCAACCUUCUUGGACAGUCUACGACUGCAUCUGAGCUUGCGCAGAAGACCGGAGCGGACGUGACGUUGAUAGUGCGCAUCAUGCGGGUCUUGACGGGCUUUCACAUUGUCUCGGAGCUUGGGGAGGAAACAUAUGCCGCGACGCCAGUUUCACGGGCUCUUACCAUGCCAGCCACGGCGGAUUUGAACAAGCACAUAUUUGACAGCAGUUGGGGCUGCAUUGGCAAAAUGCCUGCUUACCUUGCCAAACUCGGUUACAAGAACCCUGAGGAGCCUGACAAUACCCUCUCACACUAUGCAACAGGGACUGACUUCUUUGCGUACCUACGUAAUGAUCCUGCGCGCCUGGCUCGUUUCAAUUCGGCCAUGAAAGGCGCGGCGACGCUGGUCGCGAGCCCUGUCCCGAGCUCCCUGCUCGAGCCUGGGGCAGCUGAUGGAAACGGCGUGGUCAUGGUCGAUGUCGGUGGAGGCCAUGGCCAAGUUACGCAGAAGGUCAUGGAAGAGAACCCACAUCUGAAGGGACGUUUCGUUGUGCAAGAUCUCGGCGCUAUUAUCGAGGAGGCACGCGCUAGAAAUCCUGAAUACGAGGUCAUGGAGUACGACUUUUUCACUCCACAGCCUAUUCGUGGUGCACGCAUCUACUUCAUGCGUCGUGUCUUACACGACUUCCCGGAUUCGAAGUGCCGCGAAAUCCUGCGGAACCAGAUUCAAGGCAUGGUCAAGGGCCAUUCGAAAUUGCUUGUCUGCGAGACCGUCCUGCCGGCUGUCGGGUGCAGCGGCUUCGAGUCGCUCGCGGACAUCAGCCGCACUACCUUUUGCUCAAUGCAACGGAGCGCCAAGCAGUGGACGGCGCUGCUGGCGAGCGUAGGCCUGAAGAUUGUCCAGAUCUGGCCUGCUAAGGGAGUGGGAUCCUUUGCUGUCAUUGAGUCAGAGCUCGAGUGA